ACUACGUAAAUCUGCCAUCUGAGAGCAAGCAACUGCUUUGGUGAUCUAAUUUGAAUAUUAAUAUCCAAGAAAAUGGGAAGCCAAUACGAAGGAUACAAGUCGCCACUGAGUACAAGGUACGCCAGCCGGGAAAUGCAAUUUCUGUUCAGCGACCAAUACAAGUUCUCGACAUGGCGGAAGCUCUGGGUAUGGCUGGCCAAGGCUGAGAGCUCGCUGGGUCUGGAGAUAAGUGAGGCGCAGAUUAGCGAAAUGGAGAAGGAAAUACAUAACAUCGAUUUUGAUGCGGUUGCUGAGGAGGAGCGGCUCACCAGGCAUGACGUUAUGGCGCACGUCCACAUCUUCGCCAAGCAGUGUCCCACGGCCGCCCCUGUCAUCCAUUUGGGGGCUACCUCGUGCUUUGUGGGCGACAACACGGACCUCAUUGUUCUGCGAGAUGCUCUCCAGUUGCUGCUGCCGCGCAUAGCAUCUGUGGUGUCGAGGUUGAAGCAAUUUGCUGAAACCUACAAGGACCAACCUACGCUGGGCUUCACACAUCUGCAGCCAGCGCAGCUAACCACUGUGGGCAAGCGCGCUUGCCUUUGGAUUCAGGACUUGCUAAUGGAUGAACGAGCGCUGUCUCGGUGUGAGCAGGAUCUUCGAUUUCGUGGAGUGAAGGGUACCACCGGCACCCAGGCCUCCUUUCUUCAAUUAUUCAAUGGCGACGGGAAGAAAGUGAAACAGCUGGAUCAACUGGUUACCGAGCUGGCCGGCUUUCAAAAAGCGUAUGCAGUCACGGGCCAAACCUACACGAGAAAGGUAGACGUGGAAAUUGUGGCUGCUCUCUCCAGUCUUGGUACUAGCAUCCACAAAAUGUGUUCUGAUCUGCGUAUACUGGCUUCGCGAAAGGAGCUGGAGGAGCCAUUCGAAAGCACUCAAAUUGGUUCCUCUGCCAUGCCCUACAAGCGGAACCCCAUGCGUUCGGAACGCUGCUGUGCAUUGGCUCGCCACCUCAUAACCCUGUUCAGCAACGCGGCCAACACACACGCAACGCAAUGGCUGGAGCGCACUCUGGACGAUUCGGCCAACAGGAGAAUUACCUUGUCCGAGGCAUUUUUGUCCGCGGAUGCCGCUCUUCUGACGCUGCUUAAUAUAUCUCAGGGUCUGGUGGUGUAUCCCAAGGUAAUUGAACGACACAUUUCCCAGGAGUUGCCCUUCAUGUCAGCGGAAAACAUAAUAAUGGCCAUGGUUAAGGCUGGCGGCGAUCGCCAGAUUUGCCAUGAGAAGAUUCGUGUCCUCUCGCAGGAAGCCGGAGCCCAAGUAAAGCAGCACGGAAAAGAUAACGAUUUGGUGGAUCGUGUACGCAAGGAUCCUUACUUUGCUCCUAUCCUUAAUCAGCUCGACAACAUACUGGAUGCUCGGACAUUCACUGGACGGGCUAGCGAUCAGGUAGAUGAGUUCAUUGCGGAUGAGGUUGAACCUGUGCUGGCCCGCUACGCUAACGCCUUGAAGGUUGUUCAAGAUGUCAAACUAAAUAUCUAACGCACUGUUUGUUGUCCUAAUACAAAACUCGAAGUUUGAAUUACA